UGGGGUACACCAAAUAAGUCAAUCAACUAAACUAAACAUCUGAGAAGUAAUGCAAUUGAUUUGCUGUGUGCUAUUGCGCCAAGGCAAAAUGGCCGCCUCGUUCUGGCACGUCAGCUCACAGAUCCCUCCACCGCAUUUGUGUUGGUUUUCAGUGACAAAGCCCAUGUAUCCCAAAAUGUAAUUCGCAUCUUCAGAAAACUUCAUUCCGGACACCUAACGCUAAAGACAUUUUGGCAAUCAAAGUUUGAAAAAUAUUCAUAUUGAAUAUUUCGUCGUCUUGGAAACAUUUAUGAGCUGCCGAUGGCUACCGACAGCCAACAUUUGGAAUAGUCGUGUCAGUCGAAUGAAGUGAUUUUCAAGAGGCAAUUCCGUAUUUAUCGCUAUCGAUCAAAUCAUAUGAAAAUGCAGCCAUUUUCAAAUGGCAUUUAUGAUACGAUGGAAUUGCAGCGCCCUCCUCGAUCGAAGCGCAUCCGUCUCGUUCAUUAUCGUUAUUGUCGGUGUUAUUACUCCGUUACUUGAGAGGACUGGAACACACUGGCUCUAGUCUCCUGGGAUGGAUCAUAUAUCUGCUCGCUGGGCUCCUUCCCCGAGACAAAAAAAAAACACACCCUCUCGUUUCAGCAUAAUCAAUGGGGAGUGGUGCCGGAGGAGGUGGCUUUACCCGUUGGCCUGCCUAUGAUUCGCUGACAUUGGCUCUAAUUGGAUUAAGGAACUUGCUUAGCUUGAUGCUUUGUGCCGGGAUUGGGAGCAGGAUGCAGUGGCAGGACAGGAAGAGAAGGAAAGAGGGAGGAGGCCUGCCCCGCUCGCCACUUAGAGACGAAGAACAGUGAGAGAGGAGGGGUGGAAGAAGAAAAAAGGGGAGGAACCCAUCUUCUCUGCCCUUGUGUGCUGCUGCUGCUGCUGCAGCCAACCUCCCUCCUGCCCUCUCUCUCUCUCUCUCUCUCUCUAUCAUUCUGGUUCUCUCUUCUUUCCCUUACUCAUCUGUUUCUGCGGUUGCCCUGGAGAGGAAGGACACCUGCCGCUCCUUCGUGAUUCAGCCGUUCUGCUGCCAGGAGCUUCCCACACAGACCAGGCAGCAUGUCCCGCCUGCCGCUGCAGUGCCCGGCCGUCCCGUCCUCUGCGCUUCGACUGCCGCAGCUGCAGACGUCCCAUCACGACGCCGCCAUCUCCUCUCAGCGUACCCGAAUAUUCCACUUGUAGACGCAUGAGCGCAUUUCUUUAAGAGUAUGGAACUGCACGGAAGGCCGACCGCAUGCAUCCCAGACUGUUGACAAGGUCAGAAUCGAGAACCUUUCCCUACUUUCCUCUGCAAUCCAGCCUCUCCUCAUGAUGGACAACAUGCUUCAAGUGACUGGUGGCUGGUGCUGUCUGAGUUAAUAGUGUUCAGAGAUCCUGCAUCCAGCAGUUGAGACCCCCCCCCAAAAAAAAAAAAAAAAAAAAAAAAAAAAAAAAACAACCAAAAAAAAAAAAAGAUGACUGAGGGAAUGGAGGAUUUCUCUGCAGGGCCAGUUCCCCCUCCUGGACUAGCCUCCCCCUCUGGCUCCACUGUUGAUACUGGACAAGUCCCAGAGGAGAAACCAGAGGAGACGGCGGCAGCUGGAGAGAACGGGCAGAAGGUUGCAGAGGUAACCGCAGAGGGAGGAGAUGAUGAUGAUGGCGACGACGAUGACGACGGCGAUGACGCCGGUGCCGGCGGCGUCGGCGGCGACGGGGACCGUCCGGGAGCUUUAGGACUUAUGGCGUUGCCGGGCACCUGCUGUGUGUGCAUAGAGAUGGAACAGAUGAACAAUUGCCUGCACUCGGAGAAAAUUUGCAUUCUGCCCAUCCUGGCCUGCCUGCUUAGUUUAGCUCUCUGCACAGCUGGACUCAAAUGGGUCUUUGCAGAUAAGAUCUUCGAGUACGAACCCCCCACUCAUUUAGACCCUAAACCCAUAGGGCAGGACCCUAUUAUCAUAUCAGCGGACCCCGCACUAGGACUAACCGUAACGAUUCCUCAUUCGUCUCCGUCGACCGCCGCCGCCGCCGCCGUGACCUCGGCGCAUCCUGAGGUUUUAAUGGCGGACAAGUCUACACGGGGUUCGUACGUGCCUCCGCGGGGGGCCCCGUCCGAACUGUCCGUCACAGUUCAAAGCGCUGCUGAACUUCCAAGCGUCCCGAAGCAGACCCCGCUGCCUUUGACGACGCAGGAAGUCAACGAUAUCUUCAUCCCAACUAUCUCUUCCACCAGCACCACCACGACAGCAAAGACUUCCAGUCAUGUGACGCGCUGUAGUGACAGCCAGAAGAACUACUGUGUUAAUGGAGGGGAGUGCUUUACCCUGGAAAUCAUGCCUGGCAGUACCAAAUUUUUGUGCAGGUGUCCAAAUGAGUUUACUGGUGAUCGCUGCCAAAACUAUGUAAUGGCCAGCUUUUACAAAGCUGAGGAGCUGUAUCAGAAACGUAUCUUAACAAUAACAGGAAUCUGCAUUGCGCUCCUUGUCGUUGGAAUCAUGUGUGUGGUCGCCUACUGCAAAACAAAGAAGCAGAGGAAGAAGCUCCAUGACCGUCUCAGGCAGAACCUGAGGACAAAGAGGACCAAGCUGGCAAAAUCAGCCAGCCGACGUCAGGUUUCCAAUUUGCCCCUACGGGAUUUGCAGCAGACCGAUUGUAAUGGGACAACAAUCCAACAUGCAGCUGAGAAAGAGACAGAAACAACAUUCUCCACAAGCCAAUAUGUCUUAGCAACACAACAACCUACCACACUCACCAACAUCUCCAGUCAAAGGCGUCUUUCAGCUGAGAAACCCCUGCCUCAUCUGUAUACGGUUUCCUGCAGCCCUCCUGCAACUCCAAGCUCUCCUCCUUCGGAGACGUCAGCCACUCUUUCCAGCCAGGCCAUCUCUGUCCCCUCUGUGGCUCUAAGUCCCUCAGCUGAGGAGAAGCGCCCCCUGCUGUUGUCGAAAGCAAAUCGCCCACCCAAGUCCUUAAACCAAGAUGAACUUAAGAGGACCUCUGCGCAUUACAACCAUGGCCAAGAAGCACAUAGCUUACCACCUAGCCCGCUCUGUGCCAUGGAGAAUGAUAACUACCAAGACACAGUCACUACUGCAGCUAGCCAUAUGAUCUCAGCAUCCACAGAGAAACUAGUGAAUGCAAACAACAUUAUCAAUAACUACAGCAUCAAAGAAGCAACAGCUAUUAAUGGUCAUGUGCUGCAUAAUAAAGAGUUCAGUACUGACAGCAUGCGGGCCAGUGAACCACAGAAUCCAAAAGGGGAUCACACGCCAUUUAUUUCUAUAGAGAACGCUAAAGCCCUGCUGUUAAGGGCUAAGGAUAGCAGUAGGACGACUGCGGCAUCAAUACAUGGUGACCUGCAACUCAUGUCAUCCGGUGCCACCACCAAACAAGGCCCAAGAACUGUGUAAAGAAGGGGGGGGGGGGGGGGGAGUUGCUUGUUUAGAUUUGAAAAAAUAAACAAAAGAACAACAAAAAAAAUCAGUCACUAUUUAACGUUUAUUUUCUAAUAAAUUAUUUGCGGCAAAAAGACUUUUAACGAUAAAUGAAAAGCAAGACUUUUAUUUUAAUGAUUUAGUGAAUAUAGAGUUUUAUAAAUUAAAAAAAUGUACAAAAUUGUUGAUGUAGAUGAAGUGCCAUACACAAGUAUGUAGCAGUGUGUAAAAAUAUCAAUGUCUAUAGUAGCGUGUAAAAAUAUCAAUGGUGCCUUUCUGUUGGGGACGCUUAAGGGAACUGCAAUUGCAAACAGGGCCAUAUAUUCACCCUCUUAAUUUUCGAAUCAAGAAUAACGUGCUAGCUGCCUUCGAUGUCUCAUAGUUUGACGUGAAGAAGCUCAAAUAUGUCAGUUUGGUAACAAUGUUCAAAAUGCAUGCUAUAUCCUGUCCUGGAACUGUAAGGAGGUUUCAUGUCAUAAAGCCAUUGGGUCAGCCCGGUCAAUUGUCAGUGUCCAUUGUUGUCCAUUGGACUGAUUUGGAUGAUUUCAUGUUUCUCAUAACGUGACAGUUGAUGAAAGAAUGCGUAAGAGAGAGAGAGAGAGUUUAUACCUGUCCAUGAAAACAUGCAACCAAAAUACAGAUGUAAUCAAUGAAUUCUGGCUGUUAGGAAACACCGUUAGCUCAUCUUUGACAAGUUUGAAAGUCACUGCAUCAAUCAAUUAAUACGGGAGUAUCAUAUUCUAAAGGAUGACGUCAGCGUUCUGAUUUGAAUUAUCCAAUACGAUUGUUCAGUUUUACUGAUUACAUCUUUUAAAAGAAAAAUAUCUACAGUUGAUUUUAAAACGGAAAUAAACACAAGGCUCUUGGUUUCUUUUGUAAAGACAUCAAUGUGUCUUGAGCAAUGCUUUUGGAGAAUAAAAAAAAAAAAAUUGCGCCAUA